ACAGGUACUUAUACUAGGAGGAACGAAGAAAAUCUCAUUAGCGCUGCGCAUCGAUCCAAAGCAACACACGACAAUGGAAAAGCAAUACAGUGAUGGCUUGGACUACCCAAAGGAACUGGACAAUAACGACAGAUUGGGACACUUCAGACAACGGUUCUUUUUGAAGAAAGGAGUGAUUUACAUGUGUGGCAACUCCUUAGGGCUCGCCUCGAAGGACGCAGAAGCCAUAAUAUUAAUUCUGCUGGACAAAUGGAAAGACCACGGCGUGAAGAUUUGGAACGUUGACAACGGAAAAUACUACAUGUACUCCGAAUGCCUUGCCAAGCUGAUGGCGCCUUUAGUCGGGGCUGAAAAGGAUGAAAUCGCUUUCGCUGGGAGCACCACCACCAACAUCCACCAAGCUGUUAGUACUCUUUACAAGCCCACUAAAGAUAGAUACAAAAUUUUAGUAGACGACAUUAACUUCCCAACAGUGCACACUGAUCGAUACGCAAUUGACAGUCAGGUCAGAUUGAAGGGCUACGAUCCCAAAGACGCUGUGAAAGUUGUUAAAAGUGUUGAAGGCAAGUUUUUGAACGAAGAUCAAGUCAUCGAAGCUAUGACUGAAGAUGUGGUACUGAUUCUGCUGCCGACCGUCUAUUACAGGACGGCUCAAGUGGUAGACAUGGCAAAGAUAACAGCCGCCGCUAAGAAAAGAGGAAUAAUUAUUGGCUGGGAUUUGAGUCACGCUGUGGGCGCCGUUGAAGUGGAUCUCAAGUCUCUGGACGCUGAUUUCGCUGUGUGGUGUACGUACAAGUACUUGAACGGUGGUCCCGGAGCGACUUCUGCUCUGUACGUGAACCGGCGGCAUUUCCAGAAGGUUCCCGGAUUGGCUGGGUGGUUCGGCAACAGGCACGAGACGCAGUUUCUUCUGCGGCAGGAGUUCGACCAUCAGCCGGACGCCAGCGGUUGGCAGAUCGGCACGCCCUCGCUGUUGGCCAUGGCAGGCUUGGAGGCUUCAUUGACCAUGUUCAACGGCUAUUUGAUGUACCUUAUUGAGAAGAAGCUUGUGGAGCAUGGGUUUACGAUAGGGAAUAACAAAGAGGACAGUAAGAGAGGUGGCCACGUGUGUUUGGAGCACGACGAGGGGUACCGAAUCAGCCUGGCCUUGAAGGCGCGCGGAGUGGUGCCGGACUUCAGGGACCCCAACGUGAUCCGCCUGACCCCCACGGCUUUGUACACAAGUUACGCCGAGGUAUACAAUGUGGUGGAUAUUCUAUUGGACAUUAUCAAAACUGAGAGUUACAAACAAUUUAGUGUUAAGAGAAACUUGGUUGUAUAACAUUAUGUAUAAUUUUUUUUGUAUCAUUUAACAAAUGUAAAGCUUUAAGGUAUAAAAAUAAUACUUAUUUUAUGUGAUAGAGCAAAACAGAGCAAUUAAUAUAAUUAAAUCAUCAUCAAAUAGCUUUAAGUUGUUGUUCUUGCGAGGUUAAGUUUGAUUAUGUAAUAAAGUUUAUAAUAAACGGUAACCGAGGAGGUUAAAAUGAAAACAGCAAAUAUUUUGGUUUUCGUUAUAUUUUAAUUUGAAAAUAGGCUUAAACUAUUUAACUCCAGCUGCAAUGUGAUUAUAACUUAAAUUCUUUCAAUUUAUCUCACUAUUAUCCAACGCAUCUAUUUAGACAGGUUUCUGAUUUUGCUUUACGCACAUCCAGUGCAUUCUCUAUUUCUCUCGCUGACAUACCUUCGAAACUAUUAUUUAUUUUACAUCCAAAAGUGGUGAACCUUCGGAAAAAGCUUGGCUCUCAGAACCAAGACCUAAUUUUGAAGGAAAAAACUAAACUGGAUGCGAAUAUCACAAAAUGCUUUUCUAAUUCAGACACAUAAUUAUUACACUAUAAUCACACCACAACUUUACAUUUUAUAAAUAAAAAAAUAAUUAUUAUAUAAUAAUAUUGUAACAAAUGUCAAAACGUCAAUUUCAGCGUAGACCGACCGAAAUAUAAAAUUCUGCUAUUAAAAAAGAAUCUAACAAUGUUUUUUUGUGUAAUUUUUCGUACUUACAACUUAGAUGGACAUAGCAAGGAAACCUAAUAUAUUUAGACCUUAAACAUUAAACAUCUCUUCUAUUUAUUAUUUACAGUAAUUUACAUCACAAGAGUAAUGUUGUAUGGUGGUCACAGCGAUACAACAUUGUUUUUUAUAUUAUUUUUGCAAUUAUUCUAACGUAAGGAACUACAAGUAAGAUCACGAGUCUGAAAACAUCUUUCUUACAAAAUAAUACACAAAUAGACAUUUCGUAUAUUAUAUUUCAGUAUCAAAACCAUCCCAGUGUUUAACUACUGUCUGCUUAUGAUACUGAAAUGUAAUAUACCGUAAUCAACCAAGUUGGCACGUAUUUUUCGAAAUGCUACUACCUGAAGAAGCUUGAAUGUAAUCAAAAAAUAAGAAUGAAGUUUUCUGCUAAUAAAAUUACAGAUUUUCUGAAAAGUGAUCUUUUUGUUUAACAAAUCAAUCCAUUUUCAUUUAUGUAGUGCUAAUUCUAGUAACACAAUAUUCACAAUAAAGUGCGCAGGUUUAAAUAUGUUUUGUCGUGAUAUUUUUAAUUAACACUAACGACAACUAAAAAUGCACGAUAAAUCUACAGGGUGUUUGGUAAAUGGGUAUAUGAGCCGACACUAGCCCAUGUUAACAUGGGCAUAUAAAUGUAUGGUAUGUAUGUAUGGUAUAUGUAAUGGUAUGGUGAAGUCAGAAAAUUGAUAUCUUUAUUUUUUAUUUUUUUAUUUUCAUACAAAUCGGAUUUUAUAAAAUUUAUUUUGUAUGAAAAUUAAAAAAAUUAAAAUGAUGAUAUCAAAUUUCUGACUUCACCAUACCAUUUAUAUGCCCAUGUUAACAUGGGCUAGUGUCGGCUCAUAUACCCAUUUACCUAACACCCUGUAUACACAAACAGUUCACUAUCGCUGACGCUGAAAUAGUCACAGUAUCUGCACACUUUAGUGCUUAUCGUGCAUUUUAUGCCUAUUGCAGCUAUCAGCCGGGAACUACAAUGCACGUAAUGUACUUUACUAUAAAGACGAUCAGUCUAUAGCAAAUAUUGUACUUGGACAACAGAGGAUUUGAAUAGAAACCACACAAAUUCCGUGCUCAAUUUGAUACCUCACGCUACUAAUUUAUUGUUUU